GUGAUGUGGCCAUCAAGAUUACAAGAUUAUCCAUCGGAUUCUCGGUUUUGCUACCAAUCCCAAAUUGCUGGUUUUUCCGUUCCCUCUUCCCUCGAGGGCUCUCUCUCUCACAAUCUCACAAUCUCACAACUUCAAAAGCCCAAACGCAAAAACACAACAACACAACAACACCAUCAUCAUCAUGUCUUUGGAAAACGCUCCCCAACACUUCUUGUGCCCCAUCUCCAUGGAGGUCAUGUCUCAUCCACUCCAGCACAAGGUCACCAAGCACAGCUUUGAACGCAGCGCUAUUAUGGAAUGGAUCUACUUUGGCAAGGCAACCUGCCCUUUGACCCGCACAUCCCUUCAUCCGGAAGACUUUGUGGAAAACACCAAGUUGCUCCAGGAGAUCCAGCAAUGGAAGAACGAACAUCAAAUCAUCGAAGACGAAGAUGACUUGGACGCCAGUUUUUCUCUGAAGAUCAGCUCUGUGGCUCUUCCAGCACCCUGUACCACAAAGGCAGCAGCUCCCAGUAGCGAGCCACAAUCACUCAAGCACUUGAUGUCACUCCGCAAUAAAGUGCUGCGAAACCGAGAUGCACGCGCCGGAAAGAUGGCCCAACAAAACAGACAAUAAGGAAUGACUGCUUUCCCACACUGUACCAUAAUAUCUUGUAUUUUAAAAUGAAAAAGCAAACAAUUGAUUAUUCAAAUCAUUCUCUUAGUAGACACUGAUUGCCCAC